CAACAGCUCCAUACAUAAACCACAGAGGAAAAGUAACCAGGAAGUAUCACGUCAACAUGAGGAAAUGUACCUGUCUCCUUCUGAGGUGUUGAUGGAGCAGCAAACAGAAUGGAAAAGGUGAUCAACUGUUUCAAGAAGAGGCCAGAUGCCGUGAGCAGGCUGAUAUGCUUCCCAUGGGCAGGUGGAGGGUCUAUUCACUAUGCAAGAUGGGGAAACGUCCUUAACAGCUCCAUAGAGGUACUUGCUGUCAAACUUCCCGGCAGAGACAGUCGAGCCAAAGAGCCAUUUUUCCAGAACAUGCAGCAGAUUGUUGACGAGGUGACUGGUGUGCUGGUGCCAGUGCUGAAAGAGAAGCCAUUCGCUUUGUUUGGACACAGUUUUGGUGCCUUUACGAGUUUUGCCGUUGCAGACGCUCUGAAAAGACUUCACAACGUUGAACCAGUUCACAUCUUUCUAUCUGGAGCCUCUGCUCCUUAUUCAGAAACACGUCUCAGUUCUCCAAAGAGAAGUGAAUUAUCAGAUGAAGAUUUUCUGAAGUGGAUGACUUCCAUUGGAGGGACUCCUCCUGAGCUGCUGUCAAACCCUGAAGUCCUGAAACUCUUCCUCCCUGCCUUGAAGGCUGACCUGCAUGUUGUGGAGAACUACAGGUCCAAUAAGCCGGACAAGCCGUUCCUCUCCUGCCCGGUCACGUGUUUUGACGGGAAGGACGACAUUCCUCAUGACUUACAAGCUUGGAAGGAAAUUACAUCUGGAGAUUUCACCAUCAGGAUGUUUGAUGGAUCUCAUUUUUACCUGAAGGACCCUGGAAAUGAAAGGUUGAUUUUAGACUACGUUACCAAACAACUGGAAACUUCAGAGAUGGACUAUUUGUGAUGAAAUAUAAAGCUCUGUCAUAUAAUGCUGUUUGUAAUGCUCUUAAAGCUCCUGUAGGGAGUUUUAACCCCCUCAGACCUGAGCUUUUGUUUGGAAUGCCUUUUCAGUUUCUCUCACUUAUUUGGGAGAAAUAGGACAUGCUAAUUUUAAAAGCUCAGCCUUGUGUUUGAACAGGAAUUAGUUUUGACCAAAAAUGAUGCCCACAUAUUUCCUGGUCCUGUUUCUGCGGAAAAUACAACACUGGAUCGGUUUUAGAGCAUCUGUUUUGGCUGAGUGUUGGCCAGUUGAGAGUCUUCAGUCAGAAAUGGUGUCCGUCAUUGAGAGAGUUGUGGUGGGGUCAUUUUGAUGAGGGACCACUUGUAAGGUCAAGAAUAAAGAAAAUUACUUUAAAAGUUCAGAAUUUUGUGAGGUUUCCUCUCCAAAAUCUAUUCAAAUUGCCUAAAAAAUUAUUAAACUCCUUUCAAACUAUCUGAAAGUUCCCCAGAAUUUCUUCAAAUAUUUCCAAAAUGUUUCAUUGAAACCUUGUCACAAAACCUAAACGUCCCAAUGAGAAUUUCUUCCAAAAUCCUAUGUAAAUUCCUGAAAAAUUUCAAGCAAAUCCCCCAAUAUGAGAGCAAAUGGCCCGCAAUUUUUUAAAAUAAAAUUUCCAGAAAUGUUCAAAUAACUUCAUCAAAAUUCCAUGAAAAUGACUGAAUUUCCCCAAACAUCCAAACAAAUUCCAAUGGAAUUCCAUAAAAUUCUUGAAAAUUUCAAAGGACCCACCCCACAUUCCCAACCAAAUUCCCAAAAAUGUACACGCAUAUAUAUAUCCCAAGUUUCUGUGAAAAUACCAGAAAAUUUCAAAAUAAAUUACUCCCAAAAAAUAAUAAAAAUCAAAACUGCAAAUAAAUUUCCAAAUAUUCAUGAAAAUACCUGGAAACUCCUAAAUGAACUCCCCAAACAUCGAAACAAAUUUACCAACUUCAAAUGAAAAUACCAAAAUAAUUCGAAGCAAAUUUCCCACAAAACUUCAAAUUCCAAACAAUUUCCCCAAAAUAUCAAAACAAAUUUCCUAAAGAUAUCCAUGAAUAUUCUUGAAAAUUCUAUAGCAAAUUAUCCCAUCAUGUGGACAUUCUGGACAAUUAUCUAAUAAAGAACAGAAAUUGUUAUGAUGUUUUAGGAAAGCCUGAAUGUACUAUCCUCAUAUGUAUAUGACCUCUGAAAGAAUGAAGGAUAAGAGGUUUUCUUUUGGUUAGAAAACUAUGUACGCUUAAACUGGAAGAGAUUAAGAGAUAAAAAAAUCCUGCUUUGUCCACAGGGGGGGCAAAAUAAACACAUACAUUAAGAUUAUAAAAUUUCUUUACUUUGAUAAAGGAAUUUGAUGAGUAUUUGAGAAAUAUGCCAUCCAAGGCACCAGUGGCAUAGUGGUUAUGUUUUUCUGUCCCAUGAACAGAAGCUGUCAAGUUAAAUUCAGCCUGUGCCUCUUUUCCUGCAGGUCAUUCCCUGACCUCUCUCCCCUCAGUUUUUGAUUUUAUCCUCUAUCCUAUCUAUCGGAAUACAAAA